AAAAAGAAAAUUCAUUGUUGGGCAUAGUUCAAGAUAAUAUAGCCCAAGUUUCAACUCUAGUCAUAUCUUCUUCUUCCUCAAUUAUCUUUUUUCCGGAUAAUGGUAUCUCUGACUUCUCCACCCUCAUUCUGCAGAAUCCAAUUACAGGAAACUCGCUUCUUCUCCACUCCAUUGCUUCCACCAUGUAGCAGAAUCGAAUUCCCAAACCCUAAAUGCAAAACUGUGGUGGUAGAAUGCAGGGUCACGAGCGCCAACAACGCUUCUCCACCGUCCACAGCGUUGGCGAAGGAGCCUCACAAGUAUUUCGACCACGCAGUCAUCACCGUUCGCGGCGGAGACGGUGGACACGGCGCGGUGCUGAACCAGAAGGUGAAAGAGGAGAAGGAGACGAAGAAUUGGAAGAAGAGUUCUUUCAAGAGGGACUUUGACGGUUCCAUCGUGCUCCCUUUGGGUGGCCAUGGAGGGGAUGUGCUUGUGUACGCGGAUGAGUCGAAGGAUACGUUGCUGGAGUUUCACAACAAGGGUCGGUUUAACGCGAAGCGUGGUGGCAAUGUUGAUGCAAUGGGACUCUUGACCUCGCACUUGCGUGAUGGACUUGCUGCUCCUACUCUGCGUAUCGCUGUUCCUCUAGGUACAGUUGUGAAAAGCAAACGGGGGAAGACAUUAGCUGAUCUAGCACAACCUGGUGAUGAAGUUAUUGUUGCAAGGGGUGGACAAGGAGGGAUUAGCUUGUUAGAAAUGCCACAGAAUAAAAGGAAAAAGAUGAUGGCUUUGACAACUAAUGUGAUGCGAGAUGAAUCUGAUAAGGUUUUGGUUCACGGUCAACCUGGGGAGGAAGUUAAGUUGGAGUUGAUCCUACGAGUUGUUGCAGACGUUGGUCUAAUUGGACUUCCAAAUGCUGGGAAAUCAACACUUCUGGCAGCCAUUACACUUGCAAAACCUGAUAUUGCUGAUUAUCCUUUUACAACUUUAAUGCCUAAUCUUGGACGCCUUGGUGGUGAUCCCAGUUUGGGGGCCGGUAUGUAUUCUUCUGAGGCUACAUUGGCAGAUUUGCCUGGACUUAUAGAAGGUGCUCACUUGGGAAAGGGUCUUGGCCGCAAUUUUUUGAGGCACCUAAGGAGGACCCGACUGUUGGUCCAUGUUGUUGACGCAGCCACCGAGGACCCUAUAAAUGAUUACAGAACUGUCAGAGAAGAGUUGCGCAUGUAUAAUCCUGAGUACCUUGAACGACCGUACAUUGUUGUUUUAAAUAAGAUUGACCUACCAGAGGUAAAGGACAGGCUUCCAUUGUUGACCCGAGAAAUUCUGAGAAUCGGCAACGAUGGUGCAGCUUCUGAACAGAAAGAACAGUCUGAAGUUGCAGCUCAAUUGUUGUCCGAUGAAAGUGACAAGAAGGAAAGAACACUUGAGGACUAUCCACUUCCUCUCUCUGUUGUUGGAGUUAGUGUUCUAAAGGGUAUCAGGAUUAAGGAGAUGUUAAAGGAGAUAAGGGCGGCUUUAAGGAAGUGCAAAGAUUCUAAUGAAGCAUAGUUUAAGUGUGCCACCAUGAGUUUUGCAUACUAUGCUUUGUCAUAUCUGGUAAUUGCACAUAAAUCGGUUCUGAUAUUAUUUUGACUUUACCAGAGAAUAAAGACCAAGAAAGUUACUAGUUGGUUUUAGAAAGUAAGCGUAUAGCAUCUGACAUGAAGUUACAUCAUUUGUAAUAAAACUGUAAAAGAUAUAUGUAAUAUCUACAAGUUAUGUUACUAAGGUUGCAAGCUCCAUGCUGGCAUGGUAAAUUUUGUAGGAUAAUGAUGCCUUACAUGAUGUAAUUGUUCACAUACAUUCUCUCAUUUGAAGUCUUAAUCGUAUAGAUAAAUUAUUAGGACAAACAAAACAAUGUACUCUUUUGAAAAUUGAAUUAUGUACUCCAAAGGCCUCUGUUAAGGCUGUCUUACUUCUCUUCA